AAACAGACUUUGGCAGACAAAUACUGAAGCGCUCACUGAUUCCAGGGUUAGUCGUGCUGACUGUGUGUGAGUGUGUUGAUCUUCUGCAGAAAACUCCCAUUCUCCAGGUUGUUGUGCCUGUGCUCUGGCCGCUGUACAGAACUAUCCCAGUUCCCAGUUAGGGGCAGCAGUUCAGAACCACGUUUGGUGGACAGCUCCCAGCGCAGAACUGUUGAAGCUACAAGGCAAGUUGAUCAGAGAGAGAGAUCUGCUUUCCGCAGAAUCCUGUGUCCGACAGAUUGUAUCCCGAGGAGCAGAGUAAGACGGUGGCAUGUGAGCAGGGGUUUAUCUUCAAAGAGAAUUUGAUUUCAUCAGAAGUAUUUUCAAUUUAAACCUGGGGUAAUGAAGUCAAUUCUGGAUGGCCUUGCAGACACCACAUUCCGGACAAUUACAACUGACCUUCUUUACAUGGGGCCAAAUGAAGUUCAAUAUGAUGACUCAAAAGGAGAUAUAUCCUCCAAAUUGGUCUAUUUUCCUCAGAAGCUGCCUCUGUCCUCUCUGAGAGGUGAUCCUUCACAUGAAAAAAUGACUAUAAUAGAUGAUCCCCUGUUAAGUAUCCCUUUGGAUCAAAUAAAUUCAACUGAUUUCUAUAACAAAUCAAUUAUCUUCAAAGACACUGAUGACAAUGUACAAUGUGGAAAAAACUUUAUGGACAUGGAGUGCUUCAUGAUUCUUAACCCAAGUCAACAACUAGUAAUAGCAGCUCUUUCAAUAAUCCUGGGUACAUUCACAGUCUUGGAGAACAUGCUAGUUCUGAUCGUCAUCGUGCAGUCUCGUAGUCUAAGAUGUAGGCCCUCCUACCAUUUCAUUGGCAGUUUGGCAGUAGCUGAUCUGCUUGGCAGUGUAAUCUUUGUCUACAGCUUUGUGGAUUUUCAUGUUUUUCACCGAAAAGACAGCCCUAACGUUUUCCUAUUCAAACUUGGAGGCGUAACAGCCUCUUUCACUGCCUCUGUUGGCAGUCUUUUCCUAACUGCAAUAGACAGGUACAUAUCCAUACAUAGGCCAUUGUCUUACAAAAGAAUAGUCACAAGGACAAAGGCUGUCAUUGCUUUUUGCAUGAUGUGGACAAUUGCUAUUGUAAUAGCAGUUCUUCCCCUGUUUGGGUGGAACUGCAUAAAGCGGAGAUCUGUUUGCUCAGAUAUUUUCCCUCUAAUCGAUGAAACAUAUCUAAUGUUUUGGAUCGGUGUGACGAGUAUUCUACUGUUAUUUAUUGUGUAUGCAUAUAUGUAUAUAUUGUGGAAAGCUCACACCCAUGCUGUGCGGAUGCUUCAACGUGGCACACAAAAGAGCAUCAUAGUCCACACCUCAGAGGAUGGGAAAGUGCAUAUUACAAGGCCGGACCAGACUCGCAUGGAUAUUAGGUUAGCCAAGACCUUGGUCCUAAUUUUAGUAGUGUUAAUCAUUUGUUGGGGCCCUCUUCUCGCAAUUAUGGUCUAUGACGUAUUUGGAGAGAUAAACAAAAUGAUAAAGACAGUGUUUGCCUUCUGCAGCGUCCUUUGCUUGCUUAAUUCAACUGUGAAUCCUAUCAUCUAUGCCCUUCGAAGUCAAGACUUGAGAAAUGCUUUCUGUAGCAUGUUCCCAUCAUGCAAGGGGACUGCACAACCUCUUGACAAUAGCAUGGAGUCUGACUGUCAGAAUAGACAUGUAAAUAAUAGUAAUGUUCACAGAGCAGCUGAGAGCUGCAUUAAAAGCACCGUUAAGAUUGCCAAAGUUACUAUGUCUGUAUCAACAGAUACAUCUGCAGAAGCAGUGUAAGUCAAUAGUGUUGGUAAAAGAACCACAUGAACAAGUUGUUUUCCCUAUGAAAUUAGGAAUGUCGCCAUUUGAUAAAUUAAAUGAAACCACUUGGAUUACAAACAUAAGUAUGUAUUUCACAAUAUUACUUUAUCAAAGGGUUUCCCAACUCCAGUGCUCAGUGAGCCUCAAAUGAAACUGAUUUGAUUGAACCAUUUUUUUCAAGACAUGCCAACCUGAUAGCACAGAUAAGUGUCAAAAUGACCCAUGUUUCAACUUUAAAGACAUUCCCUUGUUCUUAUAUAAGGAUAUUCUGAGAACCUACACUGCACUGUUUGGCAGGAGAACUAGAAUUGAGAAACCCUGCUCAAUGGUAACCCCCAGGCUUGAAGAACACUCAUUUUUCUUAAAUAAAAUAUUUUUUGAUUAUA